AUGGAGGAGGCCAUGUGCAAGGACUGGAGAGAGCCUUUAGGGGCUAACAGUGGGCCCCAGCUGACAGCCAGCAAGGAAACAGGGCCCCAGUCCUCCUACAACCACAAGGACCUGGAUUCUACCAGCAACCAGAAUGAGCUCAAUACCAGAAAGGAGCACAGCCCUGUCAACACCUUGAUUUUGGCCUUUGUACCCUUGGUACCAGAAGCUGAGUGGGAUAGCGGUUUCCUAGGCACAGACAGUCCUACUGGGAAAAAGAUGCCUUCAUUGCCUUUCCGGAAAAAUCGCAUCACAUUUAAUAGAAAAUUCCCUGAGAACCCACUCCAGCCUGCUCCCCGUUGCGCUGUCGCCCUCAAAGAGGCCGCCCGAUUGCAAGAAGUAGCCACCAAAGGUGGCUGCAAAGGAGCCCAAGAGCAACUACCCACCCGAAGAGUCACACCUGCGCCACCCUGGAAUGCUGCCUCCUCUGCCGAGGCUGGAGCUUCUCCGAGGACCCCGCCUCCCACUCCGAACCCUGGGCCUGGACUUCCAGCGUCCCUCACCCUCCAGUGUCACUGCCUCCGGCCAGCCUCUCGCCGGCUUCUUGUCCCCAGCUCGCUUUCUCUUCCGGGCGAGGCUCUCUCCUGUCUGCCCUCGGUAGCCUCAGAGAAGGAGGGGAGCAGAAAUGCCUCCCACUCGCUCAAGGGAAGCGGCGGGGAUAUCGACGCAAACUUCUGCUGCACUUACUUCGGGCCGAGGCUGCCUCCCCCUCGCCUCCGUUGCUCUCCCACGGGCAGCUGCUCCGCGGCAACCUGGAGCCACCGCGCUCGCAUUCCCCACACCGGCGCAGCCGCGAAAUGGCAGGACUGGGGUCUCUGCCGGCUGGCGCGCCCAGGGCCGGGGUCCCGGGGUCGAGGUCCGGCCACCGCGCUGGUCAGGGAGCUGAGCAGAGCUCGCCUCCAACAGCCAAGAGACGCUGCGCACCGCGCCGUGCGCCCUGCUCCUGCGCUGGGUCGCUUCUGUCCGAGUUGCAGUUUCAGUGCGUGCCAGGACUGCAGCACCCUCUCCGCCCUCCCCCGGAAACGACUUUCAAUUCACCUGCAGGCUCGCGAUGCUCCCCCGGGCGGACGGCGUAGCGGCGGGUGCAGAGGAGAGGGAGGAGCGCGCGAGCGGCGGCGGCCCGAGUGCGCCUCCCGCUUCCCAGACGGGGAGCUCGCAGCGCGCUCCAGCCGCUCUCCUCGGGACUGCAGUCCUGACGUCACCCCACCCCCACCCCGCGGAGGAGCGGCGCCGAGGGUGGGGUGCAGCGAGCGAGGACACGCGAGUGUACCGAGGGAAGGUGGACAAAAACACAGAUUUUCUGUGGAUGCAUCAGAUGAAGGGUCUUUAAGAGGUUCAAGGAUGGCUGAAGAUUGUACCUGGAGCUUUGUCCCUUAGCAGCCACCCGGCUGUCUUUGGGGCAGAGUGAGCUGCUGGGGUGCCUUCGGAGCUCUGCACCCCGCCACGGUGCUGAACCUGGAGCGCCCCCUCCGCCUCCUGGCCGGAGCAAAUGCCCGAUGCGCUCUCGCGUCGCGGGACAGGCUGUCAGCAGCGAGACAGCAGAAAUACCUAAGGCAUAGUUCCCAGAAAGAACUACGGGCUGGCCACAGAGCUGAGACACUGCAAAGGGGCCAGAUCUGCACUCCACAACCCUGGCUUUCCAGUUCUUUCCAGCAGAGGAAACCCAUUGAUUUUUACAAUAUAUGAGGCUGCGCUUGGGAAAUGUUAUCAUUUGAAAUAUUGUGCCACCCACCAAAAUAAUCAUUAGGUGUGUAUGUCUUCACUUGCUGCUACCUAAAAAAAAAAAUCUGUCUUUACCUAAUCUUCAGAUUUGUAUGUAAAAGAUCAUGGUACAUGAGAAAUGUAAGUCAAAAUGCCUUCCAGAG